GGAAGAUAUCCACAAAAGGACUCGAACGUCAAGUGGCCCACCGUAUUGUUUCUUACAUUAAUACAUACUCGCUAGUAGUUGUGGGGUUUUGUAUGCGGAGUGCAGGACGAUUGUCUUUUCGUAUCCCCACAGUCCGUUUCACUCGACUGUCGUUGGCUCCGAUACGCUCCCAACGUCCCCUGUUGCCCCCGAACGUUCUUGUCGUUACCCGCACCGGCUCCGAUCGCAACAAAUCCAUGCCCGUGACGGACAUUGAAGAUUUACACGCCACGGCGCUCAAGCUUGGGUCCACCACGUACGUGGAUCCCUUUACAGGCUUUACCGUCUUUACGGAACUCGCCCAUCUACGUCGGGGUGUCUGUUGCGGAUCGCAAUGUCGGCAUUGUCCCUACGGAUGGACCAACGUCCCGGACGAUGGACCUCGACGCGAUCCCAAAGUCGAGUCGGGCAACAAAUCCGCGGUACAAGCCUUGCUGAAACAGAUCGAAGCCAACAAAGAUCACAAAGAAAUCCAGCGACUCCUCGACGUCCAGAAAAAUGACGAAGCAGACCGUAAGGAUGCACAAAAGACGGGCGGAAGGCACGGCGGACGUUUGACUACCAAGAACGUGCCCUACACCCGCACCGGCGACCUCGGGCAGUCCAUGUUGUUGACCGGUGAACGACGAUCCAAGGCCGAUGUCGUCUUUGAGGCAAUGGGCACCGUCGAUGAACUGUGCUCCAUUGUGGGAGUCGUCCACGCCGAACUGCAAAGACCAGAUGAUGAGCAUGAAUACGGGGCCUUGCAGGAAUGGUUACUCGAAGUCAUGUCGCGACUCUUCGAUAUUGGAUCACACGUGGCCAAACCCAAACGGCUCAAACGAAACCAACAUGCUGAUACUGUCAGCGACGACGACGAUGCGAGUAGCACUAGCGAAGAAGACCGCGUCUUUGUAGCCGACGGUAUCGGAGGAGGCUUCGAUCGACAACACAUUCACACUCUGGAAGAUUGGAUUGAUCAAAUGACCGAAGACUUGCCAGAACUCUUGUCCUUUAUUCUCCCGACGGGCGCCAUCUCGGCUGCACAACUACACAACGCCCGCUGUGUGUGUCGUCGCGCCGAACGCAGGGUCGUACCACUCGUACAGGCUGGAAUUUGCGAUCCCAAUGCCCUCAAAUACCUCAAUCGACUCUCGGAUUUCUUCUUUUCCGCCGCGAGGUGGGUCAACUACUGCCAAGGACUAGACGAGUACCAGUACCGCAAACCUUCGAAACUGGCGACUCAACGGGGACGAGUGACGGUCCCUUUAGAACAGGGAAAGACCGAGUAG